AUGGCUUUUAAUUUACCGCCAGAAACGUUACAGAAAAUCUUUGAUUAUAUAAAUGAUGAUGACUUUAACACAUUUCAAUCCCUAAUAUUAGUUAACCGAGACUGGUGUCAAAAUAGUAUUAUGCUGCUUUGGAAAAAACCUUUUCACAAUAAACUUCGAUUUAAAAAUCUUUACAAAAUCAUUUCAGUCAUCCUUGCAUUCCUUGAUGAUGAAAGGAAACAAUAUUUGAACAUUACCGACGCAAGACUUGAAAUUCAAGCAAAGGUUUUAUUCGAUUACCCUUCAUUUAUAAAAGAGUUAAAUUUUAAAGCUAUCGUGUUCUUGAUUAAAGAAUGGAUUAAUAGAAAGGAAAAGAUUCGACCAAUACUAGCUCCUGAUUAUUUCACUACUCAUGAAAAAGAAUACAUAGCAAAGUUUAAUGAUUAUAAGUAUAUGGAAGUGAUCACUCCCAAAGCGCUCUUCAUAAAUCAAGAGAGGAUCGCAUUUGUUGAUGCAAUUUAUCAUGUAAUUUCUAGGAAUAAUAAUGCAUUAAAAUCUUUGAUAUUGGAUAAACCCUAUAUGGUUAUGUAUGAUAUGUUUAAACCAUUCUAUCAGGAAAUCAUAUCCUCGAAUCCAGGUUUUCUUAAUCAAUUGGAACUGAUUAAUUUUUAUUAUGAUAGGAAUUGUCCAGAAAUAUUAGAAGAAUUCUCAAAGAUAACAAACAACCUUAAAUCAAUUCACAUCGGAUUUCAAUACCAUAUAUCCGAUUGCAUGGGGGAGGAUGGGUUAAUCCAGUUCAUUAAGUCACAAAAUAACCUUGAGCACGUGGCCCUUGAUGGUUAUGAAGGAAGCAGACUUGCGGACAUUCAUAAUUCCUUAAUUACUCAAGCUCAUUCUUUAAGAACAUUCAAAAUAUGGUUUACUGAUAUUGAUCUUGAUUGCUUGAAUUUCUUGGGAGAAUGUCAAAAUCUUGAAGAAUUGGAAUUCGGAUGCAUUGAUUUUUAUUCCGUCAAAUGCGUUUUCAUGGUGGAUUCCGAACAUUCAUUAAGUCUCAUUCAAACGAUAGCAACCUCUUGUCCGAAUCUUGUGUCGUUAACAUUCAGGAUUCAAUCUCGAAAUGAGUUGGAUGAAUUGAUUAAAUACUUUGAUGAUAAAUUUCAAAAAUUGGAAGUUCUUAAAAUUUGCAACUAUUUUGGGGAUGAUGAUGAGUAUUGGAUGAUAGAUGAAUGUAUUAGAGAAUUCUUUCUAAAGAUUCCUAAGAAUGUUCGUAAACUUGACAUUUCCAAGUGGGUGAUUAACAUCAAAUUGUUGGAAGAUUAUUUACAUUGUAUUAAAAGACCUUUGAAAAAAUUUCAAUUUACUUUUCAUGGUGAAAUUCAUGAAAUAGGGAACCUUGUUAAAAAAUUUUCAAUAGAAAAAAGUUGGUCGAUAAAAGGGGUUGCUCCCACUUCGAGAUUCUAUUAUUGUCAUAUAAUAAAAAUAGAAUGGGAUUGA